CAAGCUCGAGCCACAGAAGCAACAACGUCCGGAGCGCCGCUGUCCUCCUGCCGUCGUCCCUUUAACUCACUAAUUAACUGCAGCUGAACAACGACUGGCGACAAACAGCAGCCAUGAAGGAGCAGAGAAGUUUUUUCCUUUGGCUGCAACUUUUCACAGCGUGUCUGGUGUUUGGGGUAAACGGUGAUUUCUGUGAGGUGAAUGUGUGCACUAAUGGUGGAACCUGUGUGACUGGGGCAGGAUCUCCGUUCAUCUGUAUCUGCCCUGACGGCUUCUCUGGAGAAACCUGCAAUGAGACUGAGACUGGGCCCUGCCACCCCAACCCGUGCAAGAAUGAUGCCAUCUGCGAGGUGACAGGCCACUCCCGCCGGGGUGACGUCUUUAGCGAGUACGUCUGCAAGUGCCAGCCAGGCUUCGAAGGAGUCCACUGCCAGAACAGUGUCCAAGGGGCAGAUAUAAGUUCGAGAAAAGAUGUGAAUGAUUGCGCCGGCCAGCCAUGCAAGAACGGAGGCAUCUGCAGGGACCUGGAGGGAGAUUUCAAAUGCCACUGCCCGUCCCCUUAUGUGGGCAAACACUGCCACCUGCGCUGUAUUUCUCUGCUCGGCAUGGAGGGUGGGGGCAUCGCUGAGUCCCAGAUCUCAGCCUCAUCAGUCCGUUACAGCCUGCUGGGCCUGCAGCGCUGGGGACCUGAGCUCGCCCGCCUUAACAACAAGGGACUUGUUAACGCCUGGAGUGCCGCAGCACAUGACAAGAACCCAUGGAUACAGAUCAACAUGCAAAGAAAAAUGCGCUUUACAGGAAUCGUGACGCAGGGCGCCAGUCGCAUUGGAACAGCCGAGUUCAUCAAGGCCUUUAAAGUGGCCUCCAGCCUGGACGGCAGGACGUACACCAUGUACAGAACAGAGGGACAGAGGAAGGACAAUGUAUUUGUCGGAAACGUGGACAACGACGGCACAAAGACCAACCUGUUUGACCCUCCAAUCAUCGCCCAGUACAUCCGCAUCAUCCCUGUGGUGUGUCGCAAGGCGUGCACCAUGCGCAUGGAGCUGGUGGGCUGUGAGCUCAACGUGUAUUCAAACACUUCAGGUUGUUCAGAGCCGAUGGGCAUGAAGUCCCGGUUGGUGUCCGACCGCCAGAUCACGUCCUCCAGCACCUUCCGCACCUGGGGCAUCGAGGCCUUCACCUGGCACCCUCACUACGCCCGGCUGGACAAACAGGGCAAGACCAAUGCCUGGACCGCCGCCACCAACAACCAGUCUGAGUGGCUGCAGGUGGACCUGGGCUCUACCAAGAAGAUCACAGGAGUCAUCACACAGGGGGCCAAAGACUUUGGCUCCAUCCAGUUCGUCACAGCCUUCAAAGUGGCUUACAGUGAUGACGGACAGUCCUGGACCAUCAUGAAGGACGAAACCACAAAGAAAGACAAGAUCUUCCCAGGCAACAGCGACAACAACGUUCACAAAAAGAACAUUUUCGAGCCCCCGUUCUACAGCCGGUUCGUCCGCAUCCUGCCAUGGGAGUGGCACGAGCGCAUCACCCUGCGAAUGGAGCUUCUGGGCUGUGACGAGUAGCGCUGCCCUGGUUCAGCCUCCCCCCACUCUCCUCCUCCUUUCUCUACCUCCUCCCCCCUUCCCCUCCCUUCCCUCCUCUUCCCCUCCUUUCCUUCUCCCUCCUGAGCCACACCUGCACUGCCUUGCUCUCAGCCCUAGGGGGCAGCAAACACCAGAGUAGCACACCACCACCACCCCAACCCUGGCUGGUUGGAGGUGGGAGAUGUUACCCUUAACCACUGUUACCAGGGCCCUGACUGAGUUUAGCUCACAGCGUCCCCGUCUUUGUUCGUUUCCUGAAUAGAUCACUCUUCUUUUUUCCACCUGAACCAAAUCUGUGAUCACUUCAAGAAGCGACCAUGUUAUCACUGAGCAGAGCUGGGGUCAGAUUUUUAUCCCACCUACAGGCUAAAUAAAAGAUGGUGACUCCCUCGUCCCUGUGUCUGAGGUCAGGGGUAACAGGACUGCUGCUGUAUCAGUUGGUGCUGCCUAGACUCUGAUCCUAGAUCAGUUCUACCUGGAACAUUUGAACCUCCAAGACCCACGGCUGGUGAUGUACAUAAGCUCCACUUAACAGCUUGCACACAUCCUAUAACCAAACACGUCACUUCCCAUCAGCACAGAAUAUAUACUAUCUUCAGAGGAUACAUUGACACUUGGUUAUUUUCUUUACCAAAAAGUGAAUCUGCACAUCGGAAAAUACGAAUGGUUUAUUAUCAAGAGACCUUUAAAUCUAAAAGAAACGUGUGUUCAUCUUUAGUGGGGAAAAACAAGUGAGUAAUAUUGAGUAGUUGAGCAAAAUAAGAGACUUAAAAUCUGAAGGUGUCCCACUUUGUGUGUUUCAGUGUUCCUGAUAUUCUCUGCAGUGGCUUUGACAGUGAAAUCCUUAGUCUGUGUUUCCCACAGUACAUUUGUUUGAACUGCUUCUGAGGGUUAACGUCUAAGAUGUAAAGAUAGCAGCCAAAAACAGAGGAGUGAACAUCCAACUAUUUACACAAACCCUUAUUUUUACUGAACAUCUAUGAACACAAACUUUUACAAGCUCUUCUGUUUGAGUCUUCAGGCCAAAUCAGGGUAAAGUCAUCAACUCUUCUUGUGCCAACACACCCUCAGAUUUUUGUUCCUGUGGGUUUAUUGUAAGAUAUAGUGUAUAGUAUAUGGUGAACUGGUGCAGACACACACAGAAUGAUAGAUUAAUUCCAUACAUUACAUGUCACUGUGGGGAAUAAUCAAUGAACCAUCACAGCUAGUCAGCUGAGCAGCCAAACAGAUGUGAUCUCAAAGCUGGAGGAGACGCCCUCAUUGACAGACAGGAUUAUAAACAAAGGACAAAAGAGUUUGAGAUCAUUGUUCAGAGAAAGAGAAGAGACUCUUUUAGGAAAUGAAUAAAAGCCCUUGACUGAGAUUUAAACAUGCUGCUGUCAUGAGCUUGUACGAUGUCUUACAUAAGUUCGGAAAACGAUUCCACCUUUGGACGUCUUUUCGCUUGAUCACAUUCUUUUUUACAUUUGAUAGUUGUUGGAGUGUUCACAUGUUGUUAGCUGCUACAGCAUGUGUAUCAAAUUUAAUAUAAAAAAGACAGGUUAAUGAUCAGUCUGUGGUUAGUUAGUCCUGCCUUUAACAGGCUGUUUGAAGUGGAGUGAUCAUAGAACGCAGCAUGUGUUGAGAUUUUUCUCAUCAGAACCAUUUCAGAUCGGGACACUUAUUCUUCAUCUCCAUUUUGUCAUUGCUGACAGAUUCUUGGAAUGACUAGAACGACAGUAUUAUAUCCAAAAUAAUCCAAGAUGCUUCAAGAAUUGUGUUUAUUACCAAUUGUUAAUAGGGCUGGGUAUCAGUAAGUGAUACUUUUUAAAGUAUAAACCAAAAUUACCCAGUACGAAGUAGUGACGAAACAUCUCCAGUCAAACGAUACCUGCAUUUGAUUCUCUGUGCUGGGGUCUAAUCCAGGGCCGUCCCAACACCCCAUCAGAUCAGCAAACUUUGUGUUGCCACUCUCCUGGUGAAGUCAGUUCAACAUCUGUGUGGUCAGCCCGUGCUAACACAGCAGCAGCGGCUAACAUCCAACACAGAGCUGUUAAACGAUCCCAACAAACUUGCACCAAAACAGCUCAACUCUUUUGGUAAACCCAUUAAUAACCAUUAGAUAUUGUUAGCCAUGGGAUGCUAACAGUUAGCCCUGUCACUGUGUGUUUAGCCAGGCAGAAUCUCGCAACUGUCCCCGGUGCCGAGCUCACACUUGCAGCAGCAGCUACAGCCCAUACAGUCUGUGGAUAGAGACAGAGAUACCACCAAAACGUUAAAAUUAUGGCUAUUCUACAGGUAUCGAAUGAAGUACUCUAGUACAGUGGUUCCCAACUGGUGCGUCCUGGUCCAAAAUUGGGUCAUGGGUCUAUUCUAACUUGACUCCAAGUGACUCGUUAAUGUGUCGAGAUUGUAAUAAACACAUUUUACUUUCACGUACAGUGGAUUAACAGCAGAGAGCUUUUAUUUUGAAAUUCUGUUUCUUGCUGUAGAGUGAGUGAAUAACGGACAGCUACUUGACGCAAGUAUGAUGCUGAACAUGUAUAAAACUCUGUGGACCUUGAAUUAAUUACUAAGGAGAAGUCUGGACCCCAUGGCGAGACCAGUUGGGAACCACUGCUCUAGUACUCUGGUAUCUGUAUCAUGUUAAGGGUACUGGUUUUGGCACUGGUAUCGUAACCUUUUAAACGAUACCCAGCCCUAUUGGUCAGCAUGGCUAACUUAGAGAUUGUCAGUAGUGUAGAGGCUGCAAGUUUAAAAUUUAUGAUGGAUGUUAUCUCCUCAGGUCAAAAGCAGAUCUGCUCAUAAUGUACAGUAAAUGCUACUGAAACAUUACUAAUUCUCACACAUACGCACACACACACACACACACACACACACACACACGGCUGUGCUUCAAGUUGUGUUCACACAGUUUUUUAAAGGCACUUUGAUGUUUGUGUUUUGACAUUUGAAAUAUUAAAAAAACCAAAAAGGAAAAACAACAAAAAAAGCAGUAUUGUUGAAGCAUUGAAGAACAAACAGUAAACAUAUUCAUUAUGACAUGUAGAAAUAAAAGAGAAAGAAAAGACAAUGUAGUUUCUUUGUUAGAUUCAACCUAAAGUCUGGGGGUACUCCCCCUGCUUUGGUUGUUUAGUGUUAAUAUGUGACAUGCGUAUAUACAGUACUUCUGUACUGCGAUCUGUCAGUAUUGGUAGAUGUAAAUGUUUGCUGCAGACCAUCUAUUUAGGGUCCAACAUUAUGCCUCCAGUUGAAAGCUGAGGCCCCGCUGAUAAGACUGCAAGAGAGAAACCAAAUUAAAACUGAUUUUUACGGUUCCACUGGACAUGUGACACGACCCGCCAAAUCAUCUGCUUCUGCCGCCCCCGUCACAGUAUUCUAAACCUUUCCACCCCAUGAAUUAUGAAUUAUGGGCUCGUGCAAUAUUAUACUGUGUUAGUUUUGAUAACAAUGAAUAUUAAUUCAAGAUCCUUAAAAAAUGCAUGAGGGGAUAGCGGUGCCACUGAGAGGUCGAGGAUGGAUGUUGGUGUCAAACACUGUACAAUAUUUAUUAUUGUUGCAGACGAUUCCAUGAGCAGUCGCCCUUGUUAUCCACGUCUGCAUGUGAUUUAUCGACUAGUGUGACUUUAAAACUGAACCCAUUUUGGAUUUAUUGGCGACAUAGCUUCAUUUUUUUUCAUCAACAUUCAAAGUAUUGUAGAUAUCUGGUUUCCCCGCUGUUCAGGUUUUCUAUGAUUGAUUUUAAAAGAAAAUGAUGUGUUUUUAUGGUAUUAUAUGAUUUCUUGCUAUACUGACUGUUGACCUCAUAGAAGUUUGACUGGAUUUGAAGCUUUUUUUUUUAUUCCAGUAUUGUGUUUCUAAGAGGAUUCCUUUAUGUUUGGCCUUUGUAUCUUAAAAUGAAGAAUAAAUAAAGACCUUAAAACAAAC